UCACAACUCGAACUGGGGGGCGAUCAGACACCUUAAACAAAACGAUAGCAAACUUUUGGAUUAGGACUAGAUAAAAUUAAAAUCAACAAAACUGCAGCGAUGGCAGUUUAUUAAAACUCUGGAUCCAGAUAUAGUUGUAGAUAGCAGAUGAGGGGCAUGAGAGAGGAGCUGAUCUAGCGGAGAUACGAUUGUGAACGUUCGAAUUCUGGAGAAGAGUGUCGCUGGAGCAAUAGCAAGGACUGGGCAGCAAGUAGCUGUGAAGGAUUCGUGGGUUGAUGUGGGAGUAGACCCUCAGGAUGAGGUGGAUGUGGAUCGUGUGGGUGCUGUCUAUAUGGCGUUCCUGUCUGUGCUCUGAUCAGGGGUCUCCAGGGGAGCAAGACAAGCAAUAUUUUCACGAAGGGCACAUGUGCAAUAAAUGCCAACCAGGAACGUACAUGGAAGAAAGAUGCUCUUUGGACAAGGACACAAUUUGCAUUCAGUGUGGGCCAAAUGAAUACUUGUCUCACUGGAAUGACGAACUCAAGUGCUCUGUUCACCCCCAUUGUGAUGACGGAAAAGGGUUAGUGGAACUUCAUCCUGGGAACAGAACAUCACCACGGCAAUGUGUAUGCAAGGAAGGAUACUACUUUGACGUUAGAUUUGAUAUUUGCAGUGAAACAUCUGAAUGUCCUCCUGGGUUUGGGCCAAAGCUUCCAGUUAAGGAAAAUGAGGACACUGAAUGUAUACCCUGCCCUGUGGGAUAUUUUUCUAGCACUCUAUCCAAACAAGAGUGCAAAUCAUGGACAAACUGCACAUACCGUGGAUUAGAAGAGAAAGUACCUGGGACAAACCGUUCAGAUGCGGUCUGUAUCCGUGCAGUCGAUUUACCCAAUAAUACCGUUCUCAUAGGUUUUUUUGUAGCAUUAGCACUCGUGCUAGUGAUCGUUGUCUCUUUGAUUGUGUACUGUUGCAAGCACUUUCCAAAUAAGAAAGCAAACAUUCUAGAGUGGUGGGAAAAAAUGUUUCAAGGACCAGAGAAAACAAAUCCCAUUGACAACAAGAACAAAGUCAGUAAUUCCCCCAGCACCUGUUACACACAGGUCAACAUAUUUCCUGAUCAGCAAAACUGUGUGUCCACUGCAACCAGUUUAAGAGAAUCCCUACAGCCCCUGGGCAGGAGUGAUCCUAUCGAAAAUGAAUAUCAAGAAAGGAGUUGUUUAAUCGGGGAUGAGAGCAUCGUUACUAGAACAGGAUCAAUGCCAAACAUGGAAGGCACCUCACUGGAGAAUGAGACCAGCCCCGUUUUCUCAGAAAUGUACUCUCCUAGUUUUCUGUAUAAUGGUUUCUUACCCGAUUGUUCCACCAAGCAUGCUUGUGGACAGUGUGCGAGGCAAUGCUCUACGAGUCAUCCUGAUAAUUCUGAAGAUGUUAUGGAAUCCCUGGAAAGUGUAUGUUCUCAUUGUUCUUCACAGAACAUGUCUGACACUAAUUCCUCACAAGCGACUUACAGUACACCAGUUAGUGAUAUAGAAGAUGAAACAAAUUCACGACCAACCAACAGACAGUGUCCAUGUAGCAGCAAUGGCAGUCCUGGGAGCAGUCCUACCACAGAUCCAUUAUCAGGUAACAUGGCAGGAAAUAACACUUUUUAUUCAAAUGGCGCUGUAAUGAACAUUAGAGCUGACUUGGUUGUACUGGUUGUUGGUCCUCAAGAGACAGCACCUGCACCUGAAAGUAAUGACGUGAGAAUGGGGAGCGCUGUGCAGGAAGAGAACCAGGACCAUUGCGACAGUUUUGUUGGAAAUACCGAACCACAUACAGCAAGGCAUACUGACUUUGGUUACAGAUCACAACAGCGGACUGCUACAUACCACUGCAUGAGAACUGGUUCUCCAGGCAAUUUAAACGUGGAACCAGAGGACAACAUCUGUUCUAUGCCUGUCCAAGAAGAAGGAAAGAAAGAAUUUGAUAAAGAUUUUUAAACUCUGUGAGUAUUUGACACAUCCAGAGAUGUCCAGGAAAAGAUGGAAUCUUUACAUCAUAGAUUCAGGCACCUGGAUGUCUGAUAUUGAAUGUGUAAAGCAGCAGUUGGGUUUUCAUAG